AGCAGUUGUGGAAAUUAGAAGACAUGCUCGCGAUUUUGCUUCUUGGACUAUUAGCAUGCGAGGGCAUAACUUCGUUUAAAUUCGUAAGAAUGAGGCAUUACGGUACAGAAACCGGUCUCUUCAAUAGUUACAAUACUGAUUUCAUUUCCUUAAAUAGAAAAAAGGAAGAUAUAUUUAGAAGAAAAGAAGUAAUGGACAGAGAAAUAACAAGAAUUAAUAGGCAGAAGGAGGCUCUUGAUAGAAGAAUUGAAUACCUUUCCAGCCAUAUUGAGCAUCUUGAUAGAGAAAUAGAAAAUAUCGAUAAUGAAAUAGAAAAAUUAGGCCCGAUUUACGAGUAUUCAAAUAAUGACGGUCAAAGACUAGCAGAUAAUGAAUAUGUUUUAAUUAUGUCAUUGCCGGGGUAUGAAGAAGAAGAAAUUACUUUAAAUGCACAAAAAGGUCGGCUGGAAAUAAAUGCCUUUCAUGUUUUACUUGGCAAGCCCUUAAUUAGUUAUACAUUUGUUAAGAACCUGCCUGACAACGUUGACCCAAAUGGAUAUUGGUCAUAUAGUGGAGGUGUUUUACGAGUUAUUUUUCCGAUAAAACAAAAUGGGAACAUUAUGUCAGAGAAGAAUAUAAGUCCUUUAAAAAAUAAGGUUAACACAGAUUCAGAAAUGACAUCUGAUAAACAAUCUAGCACGGAGAAAAAAAAAUUGGAUCAUAUUUUUGAUAAUCACAUAAUGAGUACAACUGAAUACGCUAAAGAUUCGUUUGCCGGCAAUAAUGGAGACGUCACCACUUAUAACCCUCUAUUUACGAAUAAAGAAAGAAGUGAAGGAAUGGAUGAUUAUAAAGAAAAUUACUUUGACAUAAAAUAAAGUACUCAUCAAAUGUUUCGCUGGAAAGAUAUGAAAUGAAAUAUAUAACAGAAGAAUAGAAUAAACGUUAUUAGUAGCGGUUUUUUUCGUGUAUUAAAAUUGCUUUGCUUGUUUAUUUGGAGCAAAAAAAAUUAUAACAACAAAAGGCACCUCCAAAAUUAUAGAAAUAUUGAUCAGUGAUACUUGUUUAAGUUUUUAUUUUUUCUUUACCAGAUUCACGAUUACAAAUUUAUAUUAUUUUAAACUCAGCCUUCAGUAUUACCAUAUUAACAAAUUUAAACUACCCUAUGCAAAAGUUUGCAAGCAUUCCAAGCGUGAAACUAAAAUACUGUUAAAAAUUAUCUCAUACAAACUAUAUUUCUUUAAUUUUUCAACGUUUGUAAUUUAAUAUGUAUAUUUUUAGUUAUUGGAUAUAAUACUGUAAAAUAAGCAAUAUACUUUCUUUUAUUUUAUGGGUCAAAUAUCACUUUUAAAUCCAUGUGUAAAAAUAUAACAACGUCAAUAUUUCUAUCGAAGCGUGAGAGCCGUAAGUAAGUGAUUUAUUAUUUGAGAAUUCCUAUCUCCGAGAACUAUUUAUAAAUUUUAAUAUAAUGUUUUUAAUAAGAUAAUUUUAUUUACCAAAUAAAAGUAGUUAGUGUUUGAAUAACGUAUUGUCAGAUCGAUGGGAAGUGAGAUUGGAAAUGUUACGUUAAUUACAACGUGUCAGUAACUAAAUUAAAUAAGUGAUUAUAUUGAGAUUUUAAGUGAAAAAAGUUAUGUUUGCCUAUGAUCACGGUUGUUGCAAAGUAACCGAAAUUUCAGCAUUAUGUAUUUAAAAGUAAUAAAAAACACGUGGUAAA